UUUCAUUCCGGAAGUAAAUAGAUGGUUAGCAUGAAAACAAUGCGUUAGGCUAUAUGGCUAAUAUGAUGUAUAUAUGUCAUUCAUUAUACCAGCUGGGUAUUCGCUUGUUAACACCAUCCGAACGUGUUUAUAAACGUUUCCUUCGCAUCGGCACAAGGAACCCCAAGAGUACGUACUCCACGGCAAUCGGCAAAGUUGAGAUGAAAAAUCGUCGGAAUGACCUUUACCAACUCGUCUGUUUAAAGAAGAUCAAUCUAUUAUCAAAUUAAAUUUAUAGUAGUACCAACGUAAGCUCACAAUGUUUUCACUCAAUAUCAAUACAACCACGUACAAUCUGACAACUGAGUCGCCUUUAAGCUUAAAUACAACUGAUGAAACACCUUUUGUUCAACCACGCCCAUUGUACGGUUUCAUCAUUUGGUUUACGUUCGGUAUUAUUGGAAAUUGUACAGCUAUAGCUAUUCUUAUACGGAACAAGAAAAAGCACCAAUGGAAGAUAUUUUACAAACUCGUUCUAAUGCUAACGUUGUCGGAUUUUACAGCACAGAUGGUCACUCUUCCAAUCACUUUCAUUGCGUAUUCAGACAGAAAUAUUCUAGUGACUGAAAGAGCACUUUGUGUCUUGAUGUCCACAGUGACGAUCGUUACGUCACUAAUGUCAGUUUCUUUCGUCUGUCUUAUGUCAAUAGAUCGAGCCGUUGCAAGUCAGUGCCCCCUUUUCUACAGAAACAAAGUCUCCUCCUGCCAUUUGGUGUUUGCAGUUACUUUAGUGAUUGUUAUGUCCGUGAUUGUAGGAAUUCUACCGCUACUUGGAGUGAACAUGCACAAGGUACAGAGAGAAAGGACUUGGUGUUUCGUUGACAUAGAACCAAAAGAACAAAAGGACAGGGCUUUCCUUUACUUGUCUGCGUCCAUAGGCAUUUCAGCAGUGUUGUUGAUGCUGAUAAUGAAUGCAAUGGUUUUACAUCGAUUGUGUGUAAGGUACAAAAAAACCCAACAAACUAACCAUCGGAUCUCAAGACAAAUUACAGUUAGUUCGGGAGUUAAAAAAGUACAGAACAUCUUUUUCCUUUUAGCGGUUAUGGCGGUAUUUAUUGCAUCGUGGAUUCCAGCGAUCAUACGAUUUCUAAACAACGCAAUUGAAGGGAACGAAGUUGAUCAUGAGAAGGACACAGACGCCGUAGCACUAACCAUCAUGCAUCAAGUGCUGAAUCCAUGGAUAUAUAUCAUUAUGCAGGAUUGUCUUUUUUCCCGCUGCUUGACGUAUGCGAAAAGGCACAGCAAACGAGGAAGUAUUUUUCAUAGGAUAUUGGAGGACUUCGAAACAAAGCGAGUGGAUGUUUCCGACUCAUAAACUAAACAAAUGGAAUAUUUUUCUCGGUAAUGACUUUUGCUGUGACGUCAAUAUACAUAUAUAUAUAUACAAUGAUAGUAGACUAAUGUGCCGGCGAUAUAUAUAACGUAUUCAUUUUCAGGUGAUUCAUAACGUAUUGCCAUAUUUCCGUACACAGUUACGUUUAGUUUCAUAACUGAUUAAGCUAGCAGGACUGGGCACAUUGAAUCAUUUACUCGGAAUUUCUCUGUAUACAGGACGAAUACAUUGAUGACCCGA